AUGUCGAACGGUUCUGCAAAAUCUUCCCCCCGGGUGACCUUUGCUCCAAUAACACCCAAUAAUUUGGGAACUGUUCGAAAACUGAAUGCCGUCCUUUUCCCCAUUAAAUACAGCGAAAAGUUCUAUAAGGAUAUCCUGCAACCGGAAGUAGAGGAGUUCUGUCAGCUAGUCUACUAUAAUGAUAUACCAGUUGGGACGAUCUGUUGCCGAUUGGAAAAUAAAGAGGGCCAGAACUUGUUAUAUCUGAUGACGAUGGGCAUUCUGGCACCAUAUCGGUCCCGCAAACUAGGCUCCCAAACUCUGGAACUCAUUCUUGCCGCUGCGACAGCGCAUUCAAAGUUCAAAAUUCAAAAGAUUUACCUGCACGUUCAGAUUUCCAACCAUGAUGCGAAGAAAUUUUAUGAACGUCAUGGGUUUAACGAAGUCGAGAUUCACAAAGAUUAUUACAAGAAAAUUGCCCCCCAUGACGCAUGGGUGCUAGAGAAGAUAUUUCCGUGA